GACUCUCUCUAGUAAACGCAAAGCACAAGCGACCCAAGGCGACGGCUUGGCCAUGGAAGAAGCUUCGUUCCCAACCACCCGCGACGCGAGUUGAUCAAGCGUGCUUCGAUUUUGGCAUGCUCCGAUCCACUGCGCCGAUUGCGAAACGUCAACUGCAAUCUUUUGUUUCUUCCUUCCUUCCUUUGCUUGUGUCGGCACCACCAACCGUCCCCUGCAUUGCUCUGGUCCUCGUCUUCAUCAACAACUAGGAAAGGGAGGCAGACACAGUCGGUGGCGGUACUGUCAGCCCAGAUCUGGGGCGGUUCCCCUUCCGAUUCGUACCGGUGAGCAAGCAAUUCACCGAUUUCUACUCGAUUUCUGAUUGUUGACUGUGAAUUCUUGAGGGAGACAAUGUUAGUCCAAGAUCGGUCUCCGCCUUCUUCCAAGCCUGCUUCUUUGCCUGCUUCUGGACUACCCUACGCUGUCGCCCAUGGCCGCCGCUUUAGCCCGGCGAAAAGCCUCGAUUUUUCCACCUGGGCCUCCGAAAACCUCUACAAGAUCCUCUUUGUCUGCUUCCUGGCCCUUACCGUGGUCUCUAUCUUCUUCCUCCGAAGCUCCGGCGACGUCGCCGCACUCCUCUGCUUCGAGAAAUCCUCUGGCUCCGCUUCGUCGGUGUCUUCGCGGAUCCCUUACCCAGAGGUCUCCUGGUUGUCCGUUCCCCCCAUCAAGCCGCUUGACCUCUCCGCCGCGUCCUUCGCUUCAUUCCGUUCCGAUCGGUGGAUCGUUGUGUCAGUUUCCGACUAUCCAACCGACUCCCUCCGCGCGCUGACCAGGAUCAAGGGGUGGCAGCUCCUCGCCGUGGGAAACUCCGCCACGCCGGCUGAUUGGUCCCUCAAAGGUGCAAUCUUUCUCUCCCUGGAUCAGCAGGCCGGUCUUGGCUUCCGCACCGUCGACUUCCUCCCCUACCACUCUUAUGUUCGGAAGAGCAUCGGCUACCUGUUCGCCAUUCAGCAUGGUGCCAAAGUGAUCUUUGACGCGGACGACCGCGCCGAGGUCCUUGGCGCCGAUCUUGCCCACCACUUUGAUGUGGACCUUGCGGGCGAGGAGACAGCAACCAAGCACCCUGUCCUCCUGCAGUACAGCCAUGCCGACCCUAACCGGACUGUCGUAAACCCUUACAUUCACUUUGGGCAGCGAUCAGUGUGGCCGAGAGGACUACCAUUGGAGAGUGUUGGAGAAGUUGGGCAUGAAGAGUUCUACACAAUGGUGUUUGGUGGCCGACAAUUCAUCCAACAGGGCCUCUCCAAUGGCCUUCCUGAUGUGGAUUCUGUCUUCUACUUCACCCGCAAGUCUUCGGGCUUGGAGAUAUUCGACAUUCAUUUUGACGAGGAAGCACCCAAGGUAGCUUUGCCUCAGGGUCUAAUGGCGCCCGUCAACUCAUUCAAUACUAUCUUCCACACACAAGCAUUCUGGGGCCUCAUGCUACCUGUCUCUGUGAGCUCGAUGGCAUCGGAUGUGCUAAGGGGCUAUUGGGCACAAAGAAUCCUAUGGGAGAUUGGUGGGUUUAUGGCUGUCUAUCCACCAACCAUCCACCGGGUAGACACGGCUGAGGGGUAUCCUUUCAUAGAAGAGAAGGACCUCCAUGUUAAUGUUGAUCGUCUGAUCAAGUUUUUGGUAUCCUGGAGAUCAAACAAGCGCACACUGUUUGAGAGGAUCUUGCAUUUGAGUUAUGCAAUGGCAGAAGAAGGGUUCUGGACAUUGCAGGACGUGCAGUUCACAGCUGCCUGGUUGCAGGACUUGCUUGCCAUCGGGUAUCAGCAACCAAGGCUUAUGUCAUUGGAAUUGGACCGACCUCGAGCAAACAUCGGAGAGGGAGAUACCAGGAAGUUCAUUCCUAAGAAACUACCUUCAGUGCACCUUGGAGUGGAGGAGGUCGGGACAGUUAAUUAUGAGAUUGGCAAUCUCAUAAGGUGGAGAAAAUAUUUUGGAAAUGUUGUUCUUAUCAUGUAUUGCAGUGUGCCUGUGGAUCGAAUUGCCCUAGAGUGGAGACUGCUCUAUGGAAGGAUAUUCAAAACAGUGGUAAUUCUUUCAGAACAGAGUGACCCAGGUCUUGCUGUGGAAUAUGGGCAAAUCUCUGAAGCAUACAAGUAUUUGCCGAAGGUCUUCAACAAAUUUCAAGAAGCAGAAGGAUUUCUCUUCCUUCAAGAUGAUAUGAUUCUUAAUUAUUGGAACUUGCUUCAAGCCGACAAGACGAAGCUAUGGAUAACAAACAAGGUUCCUGAAUCAUGGGUUUCAAUUUCUACUGAUGGAAAUGAUACAGAUUGGCAUGUCAGUCAAACAAAUUUAGUUAAGAAAAUUGCAGACAAUUUCCCAGUUCAUCUUCAGACAAGUUAUAAAGAAAGUGUGACCGAGGGGAAGCUACUCAUUUGCAGCAGUGAGAUAUUCUACAUUCCCCAAAGAUUUGUUACUGACUUCUCCGACCUUGUGGGCAUCGUCGGAGAUCUCCAUAUUCAUCACCGGAUUGCCAUGCCAGUGUUUUUCCUCGCAAUGGAUUCACAAGAAAAUUUUGAUUCCAAAGCUCUGGCAACAGUUGUUUAUAGGACACGACCACAGGCAAACGAUUCAUUUAUGAGCUCUUACACCGCCCAAGCUCCUGCCGUCUAUCCGCUGAAGGUGCGCAACGAGUAUGAUUUUAUCAAACUAAUAAGAGCGAUGGCUUCAGGGGAUCCCCUUUUGCUGGAGCUGGUAUGAGUGAGGCACAUCAAAGAAUGGCCAAAGUGAUUUUCCAUGUGAAGAUUUUAUCAAACUAAUAAGAGCGAUGGCUUCAGGGGAUCCCCUUUUGCUGGAGCUGGUAUGAGUGAGGCACAUCAAAGAAUGGCCAAAGUGAUUUUCCAUGUUUCACCACGUUCAGUUAGAGCCCGGCUCGUGCUGCCUCUGUACCUCAUAGUCUUCAUUCCUAUUUUCAAUUUUAUUUUUUGUAUGUUGUAAUGUUAUUCGCUUGCAGACGAGUGAUCUUUUAGCGAUUUUUUCAAUUUAAAAAUGUUGUAAAUGAUAUCACGUUGAGAUGUGGCCUGCUCUAAAUGCAGACACUGGGCCAUUAGUCGAACAUGGCAAAGCAGCAAUGUUUGUUUGAGAUCA